ACAGUCUUUCAUGAGGUCAAGCCUGCCAGUAUCAGAGUCACUUGAAACACAGCGAGUCAAAAAAGCCCAGUCUCAGUGUUGGCACUGUGGCAUUAGAAACAAUCAGAAGCUGAGAGACUCUGUAGUAGCUAAGGUUCCUUUUUUUUGUUGUUGUUUGCUUUUUGUUAUUUUUGCCUACCGAGAGAAGAAAGAAGAAGGUUGUGAUAGCGUUGAACGUUAGCUUCACCAGAGAGACAGAGAGGUAGGAGUUGGUUUCCUACCGAGACAGAAGAGAGAGAGAGAGAGAGAGAGAGAGAGAGAGAGAGAGAGAGAGAGAGAGAGAGAGAGAGAGAGAGAGAGAGAGGGAGAGAAAGAGAGAGGCAUCUGCAUCAUGGCGGCGACCCUGUGCCAGGUGAUGGGCUUUGUGCUGAGCCUGCUGGGGGUGGGUGGGAUUAUAGCCGCCACUGGGAUGGACCAGUGGGCAACGGAGGACCUGUACGACAACCCUGUGACCGCCAUCUUCUCCUACUCUGGACUCUGGAGAUCCUGUGUCCGGCAGAGCUCCGGAUUCACAGAGUGCCGACCCUACUUCACCAUCCUGGGGCUACCAGCUAUGCUCCAAGCUGUGCGGGCCCUGAUGAUAGUGGGGAUGGUCCUGGGAGCCAUCGGUUGUCUGGUCGCCAUCUUUGCCCUCAAGUGUCUGAAGAUGGGGAAAAUGGAGGACAGCGUCAAGGCUACCAUGACGUUGACCUCCGGGGUCAUGUUUCUGCUCGGAGGUGUUUGUGGCAUUGCUGGAGUGUCGGUCUUUGCCAACCUAAUCGUUAGCAGCUUCCGGUUCACCACCUAUGCAGGUGGUGAAUAUGGAGGAGGAGGAGUACUGGGGGGAGGAUUAGGAGGAAUGGGAGGAUCUCUCACUCCCAGGUACACCUUUGGCUCCGCCCUCUUUGUGGGGUGGAUAGGCGGAGCCGUGCUGGUUGUGGGAGGGGUUAUGAUGUGUAUGGCCUGUCGGGGGAUGGUUCCACCAGAGGAGAAGAGACCAAAUUAUGGGAUGGCCUACAAGCCUGCUUCCCAACACACAACAGUUUACAAAGCUAACACCAGACCCAGAACGGCCUAUGAAGAUUCUUUCAGAGCCCAGAGUAUGGAUGGAAGACAAUCCAACCAGCAAUAUGUGUGAAGAAUGUAAUAUUAUGUACCGUUAGGUUUUAGAGGUUCUCUGAAACGAAGCAAAACUGUUUUAAUGUAUCGAUGCCAAUCUCAUGUAGCUCUGAAGGGCUUAGAAGAUUUCAUAGAGGGUUGCUAUAGAGGUUUCAUAGAGGGUUGCUAUAGAGGUUUCAUAGAGGGUUGCAAUAGAGGUUUCAUAGAGGGUUGCAAUAGAGGUUUCAUCGAGGGUUGCUAUAUAGAGGGUAACUUUGAAGGAAGUAGUUAUUCAGGUUUGAUUCAUUAUUUUCGUACUUGGAGCUCUCUUAUAUUUCUGUGUUUUUGUUAUUCUGCAUUUAAGGGGACAAUAUUGUAAUUUUCUAAUGCAUCUAUAUUAAAAGAAUCACAUUUCCAGAA